AUGUCUCUUCUUUUUGCUUGCAUCACCGUGCUUUUCUUGAUUAUCGGAUCAGCCGUCGGACAAUCAAGCUAUGAUUGCUCAGAAGUGGCGGAUAACUUCAUCCCAUGUGUAACGUACCUGGUUGAACUCGAAUCGAGACCGGCGGAUCGGUGUUGCAGUGGCCUUCAAGUGCUGAACCAAAUGGCGAAAAUCAAUGACAAGGGCCCGAGAAACAUAUGCCAAUGCAUUGAAGAUUUGGCCUACACAAUGAAUGCUCCGUAUGUUGCUUCUCGGAUCCAGUCUUUGUCUCGAGAAUGUCAUAUUCACUUCAGUUUUCCGAUUUCGAUUGCCAUGGAUUGUUACAGGAUUUAAAUAUGCCAAGAAGAUUUAUAUGAAGACUACUACCCUUUAUAUACAUACAUUAUGUAUUUAUAUAUUAAAGUAAAUUAAAUUAACUAAUUAAUUAUCUCAAA